AUGCAACAGGAGAAACACAGUUUCGCCCUUGGGGAAGCAGGCGUCCUCGGUCGAACCCAUGACAAGAUGGCUAUGCUGGUGCUCGAAAGCCGGUCCUCAGUUGGCACAAUCAACAGGGCUAUUGAUCUUCAUCCGGCCUACCAGGCGCUACAUACAAGGAUUCAGUCAGUCCUGACGGAGCCGACGGUACUGGCAAGCGAGUCGCGGCUCCUCCACAGCAGGGAAAAGCGCCAGUCAGAGGUCACACGACCAACGCGAGACAUCGCCCCACCGGCACAUCCAAACAGCCUAGCGUGA